AUCUCGUGGAUCUGGUGCUUCCUUUUUCACUUCGCUUCUCAGCAAAAACAGCUGAGUCUCUAUUCUCCAACUCUCUCUCGGUUUUUUUUAGCUAACUCACCUCCCUCAUCCAUCCGUUGCAACUUCUGCGCGCUCUCUCUCUAUAUAUAUCUCUCUCUUCCAUUUCCCUACAUGUCAAUCCAUGGCGCUACAUAGCUCUCACUUCGUCCUUUCUUCUUCUUCUUCUUCUUCUUCUCUUUUCUGUUCCAAAAAGCUCGAUCUCUCCUCUUAUCCACCUUCUUCAAUUUCCUUGCCUCUCUUCAAUUCCCAACCCAAACUCCACGCCUCUAAACUCAUUUUCAGAACCGACGCAGUUUCUUUAUCCUCUACCAUCGGCGUCGGCGAGGACUUGCCUGCUGAUUACGACGAAUGGUUACCAAAACUUGAUCCUAUCCAUCGGAGGAGAGCUGGCAUUUUGCUGCAUCCGACGUCGUUCCGAGGGCCUUACGGUAUUGGAGAUCUCGGAGAGGAAGCUUUUCGCUUCAUUGAUUGGCUUCAUGACGCUGGUUGCUCUGUUUGGCAGGUCCUUCCCCUUGUGCCUCCAGGAAGAAAGGCUAAUGAAGAAGGAUCACCAUACUCAGGCCAGGAUGCAAAUUGUGGUAAUACGCUCUUAAUUUCUCUGGAGGAGCUUGUAAAGGACGGCUUGUUGAUGAAGGAUGAGCUUCCAGAACCUGUAAUUUCUGAUCGAGUGAACUUUGAUGCUGUUGCUAAGCUAAAGGAUCCCUUGGUGGUUAAGGCUGCAGAGAGGCUUAUUCGGAGUGGCAGUGAGCUUAAAAACCAGCUUGAAGAUUUCUGCAAGGACCCUCAAAUAUCAGGUUGGCUUGAAGAUGCAGCUUAUUUUGCUGCUAUUGAUGAUACAUUAAAUACCUUGAAUUGGUAUGCUUGGCCCGAACCUUUAAAAAACCGCCAUCUUUCAGCCUUGGAGGAAAUUUAUCAAAGCAAAAAGGAUUUUAUAGACAUUUUCAUCGCCCAACAGUUCUUGUUCCAGAGGCAAUGGCAGAAAGUGCGCAACUAUGCACAGGAGAAGGGAAUCAGUAUAAUGGGAGACAUGCCUAUUUAUGUAGGUUAUCACAGUGCUGACGUUUGGGCAAAUAAGAAAUAUUUUUUGUUGAAUAGGAAAGGCUUUCCUCUUCUAGUCAGUGGUGUUCCUCCUGAUGCCUUCAGUGCUACUGGUCAAUUGUGGGGAAGCCCUCUCUAUGAUUGGAAAAGCAUGGAGAAAGAUGGAUAUUCAUGGUGGGUACGCCGCUUACAACGAGCUCAAGAUCUGUAUGAUGAAUUUAGAAUUGACCAUUUUAGAGGUUUUGCUGGCUUUUGGGCUGUUCCUUCUGAUGCAAAAACUGCGAUGAUGGGAAACUGGAAGGCUGGACCUGGGAAAUCCUUAUUUGAUGCCAUCUCUAGAGCUGUUGGAAAGAUCAGCAUCAUAGCAGAAGAUUUGGGAGUCAUUACUGAGGAUGUAGUGCAGCUUAGGAAAGAUAUUGGUGCUCCUGGAAUGGCUGUCCUUCAGUUUGGAUUUGGAGGUGACGCUGAUAACCCUCAUUUACCUCAUAACCAUGAAGCCAAUCAAGUUGUAUACACCGGAACUCAUGAUAAUGACACGACCCGAGGUUGGUGGGACAUUUUGAAGCAAGAGGAGAAAUCAAAUGUCCUGAAGUAUCUUUCAAUUACUGAAGAGGAUGAUAUGCCAUGGGCGCUCAUCCAAGCUGUGUGUUCAUCAGUGGCCCAAACUGCAGUUAUACCCCUGCAAGAUAUUCUUGGACUGGGGAAUUCUGCCAGGAUGAACGUCCCUGCUACUCAGUUUGGAAACUGGGGCUGGAGGGUACCUAGUUCCUUAAGUUUCAAUCAGAUGGAGAAAGAAGCAACAAGACUAAGGGAUUUGCUUUCAAUGUAUGGGCGGGUGUAGAUGAAGAGAGCUAAUACCUUCAUAGAGACUACACCUUGAAAUCGCUUCCACAGGUUUCAAUGAAUCUUUUAAUUGUUUAGCUGAGAGCACCUCAGAGGCUACGCUUAAUUAUAGACAAGUCAUCUUGCUGUAGAAUUACUUUUGUUCCUGCACGAAUAAAAUCGUUGCACGGUGGUCUGUAGAGUUGUAGAAUUACUUCUAUUCCUGCACGAAUAAAAUCCUUGCACGAUUGUCUGUAGAAUGAAAAUAUCGGCUUACUUGAGUUGAGAUGCCGAAGUUUGAUUUCAAAUGAAUAAAGGGUUCAGUUUUUCCCUA